CGAAAUCCCAAACUUGACCCAAAAUUAUAGCUGAAAUCAAAACUCAAAAACACAAAUAAUUGGAAAACGAACUUUUAAAAUAAAAAAACAGAGAAGCAACUAAAGUUCUGAACAUUUUUCUUGGUUGACUUUCUUGCUCUCUCUCGAUGGGAAAGCUCCAACAUGGAUCUCAUGAAUGCGAGUUGACCUCGCCGGGGAUCGUCGCAAAUGGGAUCUGCAACAUCUGCUUCAAAGAUGAACCUGUUGAAUUCGCCUGUGACCCUUGUAAUUUCGAUCUCUGCAAAGCUUGCUCAGAUCUUCCCCAGCAAAUGUCACACCAUCUUCAUCCGGAGCACCCUCUAGAGUUUCGUAUUGGCGAAGAUGAUCGGAAGACCAAAUACAUGGUGUGCGUCGGGUGCGGAAACAUGUCUUCUGGAACCUACUACUACGAGUGUAACAAGUGUGAGAUCUAUCUUGAUUUGGGUUGUGCACUUCACAAGAGCAUAACAACGGGUUGGGAAGCCAAAGAGAUGCUCCAUUACAGCCAUGAACACCAGCUUAAGAGGUGUAGGCCGGGACCAGAUUCCAGAGGCUCUUGCCUUCUCUGUGAGCAACCUCUCUCUUUCACUGCAACCUGUUACGGUUGCGUUCACUGUUACUUGUUUUUACACGAGCGUUGCCUUGAUCUUCCAACAGAGAUUCAACAUCCCGUGCAUCCUCUGCACCCUCUCAAACGCCUUGAUUAUAUACAAACUUUUGACGGUCGGAAGUCUUGUAGUGCAUGUACAGGCAAAUUUGUUGGUGUCCCAUUUGGUUGCUUAGAAUGUGGGUUUUACCUUCAUCUGAGAUGUGCAGAUGCCUUGCUGCGGGGUUUGUUGCAUAAGUCUCAUGAACACAGGUUGUUUUAUGUACAAGAUACUCGUCGUGUCGCUGAUGAUAGAGUAAAAUGCCCAUGUAUAAUAUGCGAAGAAACUGUGGUCUAUGACAGUUUUUAUUAUAUAUGCGUCGAAUGUGAUUUGAAAUGUCAUACCAAGUGUCUUGAGAUACCUGAAUAUGUGGUCAGGAAAUCCUAUCACAUCCAUCAACUUAGAUAUAAAAGAGUCGGAGCGGAGGAUGAUUUUUUGGAGUAUUGUGGUGUUUGUGAGACUCUGUUACAUUCAGGACAUCCUGCGUAUUCCUGUGAAGAAUGUGAUUUUCUUGGUCACACUGAAUGCAUUCUACGCGAGGAAGUACCUUCCCCAUUGUACUUGAAAGAUUUGUACUCUUGCAGCAAAGACACAAGAUCCAAAAAUCUUACAGACCUUGAAACCAGUGAAUCAGAAGAUAUGUUACUGGUUAAUAGCUUCAAUCAUAUUCAUGUGAUGAGACUGAUCCACAUGAGUGAGCUUGAGGAAGAAGGAAAGUGCAACAUGUGUGGUACAAAGAUACAUGAUAAUCCUUGCAAAUGUGAGACAUGUAGCUUCCAAUCACAUGAUUUCUGUGCAGAGCUUGGGCGACCAUCAAGGCAUCAAUUUCAUUUGAACCAUUUUUUGACCCUUCUACCAAAUUCCCCUAGAUGGAUUCAAGGUACGUGUAAGUCCUGCAAAGCUGAUAUAAAAGGGUACAAUCUCUUCUGUCGUAUAUGCAAUUUUAUCAUCGACAUCAAUUGCGCUUUGAAAGACAAAAAAAUGCAUGGUGCAUUACACAUGGGUCAGAUAGGACUUUGCAUACAAGACAAACAUAGCUUGUUCCAAGUUAUUGUCUCAAGGUCACAUCCUAUCGCUUGUUCUAUAUGUGAUGAGAAGUUGUGUGGGAAGGCUUUUUCAUGCGUGGUGUGUGAAGAUAUAUAUCACCCUCUAUGUAUCCAAGUUGGGAGGCAAGUACUAGUUGGUCAUCCACUUCAUUCUGAUCACAUGCUAGCAAUUUCACUGCUUGAAAGUGGAUCCAAGUGCACGGCCUGCCAACUGAAUAUUACAACAAAGUAUGGCUAUCUUUGUACCAUUUGCAAAAUCAAUUUCCAUAUUGAUUGCAUCAAAGCAGUGGUAGUACCAAGCAAGAUCAAAUCUCAUAGGCACUAUCUCUAUAACUUUUGGAACAAUGAUUUAAGGGUGACUCGAGCUUGCAGUGUUUGCACUAGACCAUGUGGUUUGUCGUUCUACGGAUGUAUUGACUGUAUGUUCAGCGCACAUGUAGAGUGUGUUGGGUUUCCAGCUAAUGUGAAGAACCAACGGCAUCAGCAUACUCUCACACAAGUAUACACUUCUCACAGGAAAAAAUGGUCUGUCCGUGAAUCAUACAUGGAUGAUAUAUAUUACGCAUGUUAUCAUUGCGAGCAUGGAUAUGAUAGUCAAACUAUAAUGUCUAAGGACGACCGUGAGGAAGCAACAGAAGAGGAACAACUUCAAGACAUCUAUCUUAUGUACCUUGAGCGUGAUCUCAGUGACCUUUUAGUGUGAACAGAAGAUGAAGCCUCUUCGUUUGGUUCUGCCUCCCUAUAUGAAACUGAAUACUGAAAUUUCCCUUAUCUGAGGUUAUGCCUCAAUCUCUUCUCUUUUUUUUUUUAUCGUGUUUUUACAAUGGAAGGUGGCAUGUUCGAAGACUUGAGACUCUGAUGAGUCUUAAUUUGUUAUGCCUCCCUCUCUUAAAUGCAACUUCAUUGAACGAAAGUUAUGUUUCAGAAUUCUCUAUCUUCUACUUAUGAUCUAUUUUGUGGAUUUACUUUGCAACAUGUUUAUUUGUUGGAUCUUGAAUCUGUGGUUUUCAUUAUUCUGAUUGCCAA